AUGUAUUCGAUACGUUCUCAUAAUUCAGAAAAUCUUGAACUUGACUUACCAACUACAAUGUAUCGCGUACAACCGGUGAUACAACAGACACAAAUAGGUAAAUCAACGAAUGAAUCAACAUUAAAAGAUAUUGAAAAUCGACAAGAUGUUUUACUUGAAAAACUUAAUUAUUUAAAUACUCAAUUAACACUUUAUCAAAAUCAUAAAAUAAAUUCAAUACCUGUUCGUGAAGAAUUAGUUGUUCAUCUAUCAGCUAAACAACCAUCGAAAAAUAUACUUAAUCUUAUUGAACAAUUUCGUGACAAAUUAUCUAUUCGAACAUUUUAUCAUUCAUCCGUACGUGAUGCAUCAUUGAAAAAUCAAGCUCAAAAUUUAUCUUCAACAAAUCAUUCAAAUACAAAUCGAGCAUUAACAAUUAUUUGGGCUGAUAGUGAAGAUCUACCUUUUAUGUUUCAUUCACAUAUGAAAAUAAACGAUGAAAAAUUAAUUAUGAAUACACUUUCUGAUCAAUUAACAAACAAAAAUUGA